UUCACACAUAACGGCAAAAUACACAAAAAUAUAUUUUUAAAAAAUUUUAAAAACAAAAUUAUUGAAAACAACAAAUAAUUUUCUAGAAAACAAGAAAAGAAAAUGUAUAAAUUAAGAUAAUUUUAAAGAAAAUCGAAACUAGUGCGAAAAGAAAAAUGUUUUGUAAAAAUGUAUAUUUGUUAUUUUCGAUAAUUUUAACAAUUUUUAAAACAACAUCUGCUCAAUAUGGUUAUUCCCAUUACGAUGAUGUUCCUUCGUCAUCAGCAGACAUUAUUACAAUAGGUUUACUAACCGAUCAGCAACAUGAAGAAAUGAACGUAGUAGUGGAUUUUGCCAUUGAAAAUGCCAAUAUGGAAUUAGAAAGUGCAUUAGCUGUAAUCAGAGAUCAAGUUCCAUAUGGAAAUUCAUUUUUGGGCUACGGUAAACUAUGCCGCAUGAUGGAGACUGGUAUUGCUGCCGUUUUGGGUCCUUCCUCCAAACAUACCGCCUUCCAUUUAAUGUCGAUAUGUGAUGCCAAGGAUAUACCAUAUUUUUAUUCCUUUAUGGGUGAUGCAGAAGCUGAAGCCUUUAAUUUAUAUCCCCAUCAAGAUGAUUUGUCAAAAGCCCUAUAUUCACUGUUAACAGAAUUCGAAUGGUCACGUUUUAUAUUCCUAUAUGAAUCGUCUGAAUAUUUGAAUAUUUUAAAUGGAUUAAUGGCUCAAUUCGGUACAAAUAGUCCGGUGAUAACGGUGUUGCGUUAUGAUUUGAAUUUAAACGGUAAUUAUAAGACGGUAUUGAGAAAAGUGCGCAAAUCGGUGGAUAAUCGUAUAGUGGUAGUGGGUUCUACGGAAACUAUGCCGGAAUUUUUAAAGCAGGCCCAACAAGUGGGCAUUAUUAAUGAGGACUACAAGUAUAUAAUAGCAAAUUUAGAUUUUCAUUCAUUCGAUUUGGAAGAAUUUAAAUAUAGCGAAGCCAAUAUUACAAGUUUAAGAAUGUUUUCGCCUGAGAAUGCCUUAGUCAGGGAACUAAUGGAAAAAUUGGGUCAUUCUUUUGUCACCGAGGGAUUUCAGAAUGGGUCUUGUCCCAUUACCAUGGAAAUGGCUUUAACCUAUGAUGCCAUACAACUUUUUGCCGAAACUACCAAGCAUAUACCGCUCAAACCGACACCUUUAAAUUGCACCGAUCGUAGUGAUAGUGUUAGGGAUGAUGGUUCUACGUUUAAAAAUUAUAUGAGAUCGCUCAAUAUACAUGAGAAUACCUUAACGGGACGCAUUUAUUUCGAGGGUAAUGUUAGAAAGGGAUUUUCAUUUGAUGUCAUCGAAUUACAGCCCUCGGGUAUUGUUCAGGUUGGCACCUGGGAUGAGACAAAUAACUAUACUUGUCAACGUUUGGCUCCCACAAAUGCUAUAUUCGAAAACGUGGACAAUUCUUUGGCCAAUAAAACGUUUAUUAUAUUACUAUCAGUUCCAAAUAAACCUUAUGCCAGUUUAGUGGAAAGUCACAAAAAAUUGGAAGGCAAUAGCCAGUAUGAAGGUUAUAGUGUAGAUUUGAUUAAGGAGUUGUCUGGAAAAUUGGGUUUCAAUUAUACUUUUGUUAAUGGUGGUAACGAUUAUGGUACUUUCAAUAAAACUUCUAAUGUGUCAACGGGCAUGUUAAAGGAAAUUAUGGAAGGGCGAGCCGAUUUAGCUAUAACCGAUUUGACCAUUACCUCGGAAAGAGAAGAGGCAAUUGAUUUUACUAUACCGUUUAUGUUGGGGUAAGUAUUGCCAAUCUUGUUUUUAAAACCCCAGAAAGCAGCACCAGAUACAUUUUCCUUCAUGGACCCUUUCAAUAAAGAUGUAUGGGAAUAUUUGGGUUUGGCCUUUAUUGGAGUAUCGCUAUCAUUUUAUAUACUAGGACGUUUAUCGCCGACAGAAUGGGAUAAUCCUUAUCCAUGUAUAGAAGAGCCCACAGAACUGGAAAAUCAAUUUACUUUAAGUAAUUCUCUAUGGUUUACAACCGGAGCUUUACUGCAGCAGGGUUCCGAAAUAGCACCUAAAGCUCUAUCGGUAAGAACUAUGGCUUCCAUAUGGUGGUUUUUCACCUUAAUUAUGGUCUCAUCCUAUACAGCCAAUUUGGCGGCCUUUUUAACUGUUGAAACUCCCAAAGUGUUAAUUGAAAACGUAGAUGAUUUGGCGGAAAAUAAGGAAGGAGUAGUGUAUGGUGCUAAACGUACUGGUUCCACUAGAAAUUUCUUUUUGACUUCUGCCGAUCCCCGUUAUAAAAAAAUGAAUUUAUUUAUGGAAAAACAUCCCGAGCUGUUGACCGAAAACAAUCAGGAGGGUGUACAACGUGUUAUAGAUGCCAAAGAUUCUGAACCCAAAUAUGCGUUUCUAAUGGAAUCGACAUCUAUUGAAUAUAAUACCGUUAGAGAAUGUUCUUUAAAGAAAAUCGGUGAUGCUUUGGAUGAGAAGGGCUAUGGCAUAGCAAUGAGAAAAAACUGGGCAUAUCGAGAUAAAUUUAAUAAUGCUUUAUUGGAACUUCAAGAACAAGGUGUUUUAGCUAAAAUGAAAAAUAAAUGGUGGAAUGAAGUGGGUGCUGGUAUAUGUGCGUCGAAAAAAGAACAAAGUGAUGCCAAUUCUUUGAAUAUGAAAAAUCUGGAAGGUAUUUAUGUGGUAUUGGUUUUUGGCAGUGGUAUGGCUUUAAUACACGGCAUAAUAAGUUGGAUUUGUUUUGUUAUACACAAGGCUCGUAGUCACAAGGUACCGUUAAAAGCCGCCUUUAUUGAAGAAUUUAAAUUUGUUAUGGAAUUUACCACCUAUACCAGGGAAUUGAAAAACUCUGCUUCGAUUUAUUCACGCAGUCGUAAUUCAUCCAUAAAUAUAGAAUCUUUAGAUAAUGUUUUAAAUGCUAUAGAUAAUUAAUAAUUAGAAUUGAAGAUUAUUUUAUGAAUUUUACAAAAUAAGCUUUUAAAAAGUUAAAAGUUUGUUUUGUUUGUUUUUUUAUUAUUAAUAUUAUUUAAAAUACAUAGAAUGGAAUGUUAACAAAAUACAAUUUGAGAAAUCAUUAUUACAUAUAUGUAUAAGUUAAAUAAUUAUAUAAUUAUAUAAAUAAUAAAUUGUAUUAAAUAAAAAAAAAAAAAAUACUUAAUGUAAAAGAAAUUAAUAAAUAAUACUGCUAAAAUAUUAAUGAAUUAAUUAAAAAAAAAAACAUAUAUUAAAUAUAAAUAUCAUUAAAUAGAAUACUAGGAAAGUUACUCUUAUGAUAUUAUUCGAAAGUUAAUUUUUUGAAAAUCUAAUCGUUAAAAAAAAUCUUUCCAAAUAAAGAAAAGUUUA